CUCUUGCGGUCCCGCAGUGGAGAAGGGCUGGGAGCUUUGGAGAAGGGGAGGACAGGCUGGAGGCGUGUUCCUUCCUUCGGAGUUUUCUUUUUCCUGCGAGUCCUUGCGCGCGCGUACAGUCAUCCCUCUGGUCUGUCCUGGCGAUCGUGGAGAGGAGGCAGGGAGGCUUCAUCCUUCCCACCGGCUCAUCGCCAGAGGCUGGAGGCUCGGCGAGAACUCCCCAGAGAAGCCCUGCCCCACCGGAUAAGUUUUCCGCAGCCAAGACAGCCCUGCAGCUGGGGCCGCCGGCGCGCCGCAGCCCGGGACACCGGCCACCCUCCGCGCCAUCCACCCUCGCGGGCUCCGGCUUCCUCUGGCCCAGGCGCUGCGCGAACCCUGCAGCGGCGCCCGCCGAGCUCCACGGUGAAAAAAAAAUAGAGUUGUAAAAGCGAUACACUAAGACUAUUCUUCAAAUUUGCAUCAAGAUGGAAAUGUUUUGCCUCAGAGCAUCCUUUUGGCUGGCACUGGCCGGAUGUGUAAUCAGUGACAAUCCUGAGAGAUACAGCACAAAUCUAAGCAAUCCUGUGGAUGACUUUACCACUUUCCGGGGGACAGAGGUCAACUCCCUGGUGACUACCCAUCGACCCACAAAUUUGGCCCUCCCCAGCAACGGUUCAAUGCACAACUAUUGCCCACAGCAGACUAAAAUUACUUCAGCUUUCAAAUACAUUAACACUGUGAUAUCUUGUACUAUUUUCAUCGUGGGAAUGGUGGGGAAUGCAACUCUGCUCAGGAUCAUUUACCAGAACAAGUGUAUGAGGAAUGGCCCCAACGCACUGAUAGCUAGCCUUGCCCUUGGAGACCUUAUCUAUGUGGUCAUUGAUCUCCCUAUCAAUGUGUUUAAGCUGCUGGCCGGGCGCUGGCCUUUUGACCACAAUGACUUUGGCGUCUUUCUUUGCAAGCUGUUCCCCUUUUUGCAGAAGUCCUCAGUGGGAAUCACCGUCCUCAAUCUCUGCGCUCUCAGUGUCGACAGGUACAGAGCAGUUGCCUCCUGGAGUCGUGUUCAAGGAAUUGGGAUUCCCUUGAUUACUGCCAUUGAAAUUGUCUCCAUCUGGAUCCUUUCCUUUAUCCUGGCCAUCCCCGAAGCCAUAGGCUUUGUCAUGGUGCCCUUUGAAUACCGGGGUGAACAGCACAAAACCUGUAUGCUCAAUGCCACAUCAAAGUUCAUGGAGUUCUACCAAGAUGUGAAGGACUGGUGGCUCUUCGGGUUCUAUUUCUGCAUGCCCUUGGUGUGCACUGCAAUCUUCUAUACCCUCAUGACCUGUGAGAUGUUAAACAGAAGGAAUGGCAGCUUGAGAAUCGCCCUCAGUGAACAUCUUAAACAGCGUCGAGAAGUGGCGAAAACUGUUUUCUGCUUGGUUGUAAUUUUUGCUCUUUGCUGGUUCCCUCUUCAUUUAAGCCGUAUUUUGAAGAAAACUGUGUAUGAUGAGAUGGACAAGAACCGAUGUGAAUUACUUAGCUUCUUGCUGCUCAUGGAUUACAUCGGUAUUAACUUGGCAACUAUGAACUCGUGUAUAAACCCAAUAGCUCUAUAUUUUGUGAGCAAGAAAUUUAAAAAUUGUUUCCAGUCAUGCCUCUGUUGCUGCUGUCACCAGUCCAAAAGCCUGAUGACCUCAGUCCCCAUGAACGGAACAAGCAUCCAGUGGAAGAACCAUGACCAGAACAACCACAACACAGAGAGGAGCAGCCACAAGGACAGCAUUAACUAACCAUCUGCAAGACAUUAAUUGAUUCUCCUUGAAAUCCUAUUGGAGAAAAAAGUUCACGCAGUAACUGUGUCUCCAGGAGUCUCUUCUCUGAUCCUUCUUCCUUCACUCAGGCCCUCCUCUGGAUAAAAGUGCUCUCCAUAUGUUUUCCAAAGCAGUGGAAGGUGGAUUCAUUUAUAUCCACCAAGCCCAUAAAUCUCACUUCUUUAAUUUAUCUAAUGUACAUAUUCCAUACAUUAUUUCGACACUAAAAAGUGAUGGGAAUUGGAGGAGAAUGGAGACUAUUACGUGAACCUGAAGGAUAUUUGCUACUUUGCAUGAAAUUAGGGAUUUUCAAGUACAU